AAGAAGAAGAAGAAUUUCAUUAGGUGAAAAAUUUGAAACUGCUGCUAGAAAAGCAAAUUUAUAAAGUGAAUUGAGAAAACCCUGUUUGCCAGGAUGGUAAAAAUAACACUACCCAAUCAGGAGGAGCGGUGGGAAUUGCUGGGUUCCCGCAUUAAGAACCUGAGCAACUACUACAAGAUCGCCGACAACGUGUGUCCGCUGGAAAUUGCGGCCCGGACCAAAAAUUUUACGGAGGAUGAGCUUUGUCAACUGGUGCACCGUGCAGCCAGUGAGGCCUGUGCCCGGGUCUCCUCCACCAACGGAGAUCUGGAUGGGGAAGGUUUGCAAGUCAUGCUUGAAGAUUUUCUGAAUGCCCUGAAGGGGCUGGUGCCCAGAUUCGGGGUGCAAAGGGAGACCCUUGAGCAGAUAAUGCCAAAUGGAUUUCUCUACUAUCGUGAGAGCAAGAAACGGGAUGAGUUGAUCGAUUUUCCAGUUGAAGGAUUGUCCUGCCAGUUGAUCGAGGGUGAUCCCAAGUCUGGUCUGUCAACCGUUGCUGCUAAAAUGGCACUGGAAAGUGGCUUCCCCUUUGCAAGACACAUUUCGGCCGCAGAUUUAAUGGACCUCGGCGAGUCCGCCAAAAUUCAGUAUAUACGGAAUGUCCUAGAAGAUGCAUAUGUUUCCCGGCGCAGCUGCGUUAUCUUUGAUGAUCUAGAGCGAAUCCUGGACUACGGAGCCCUGGGAAUGCGGUACUCCAACGCAAUACUUCAAAUGCUGAUGGUUCUCCUUAGGAAACAACCGCCCAGGGGCCACGGGCUGGUCAUCCUGUGCACUUCUAAUCGCCGCGAUGUCCUGCAGCAGCUGGGCAUGAUGCCAGUCUUCACUGCCGUACACCAUGUGCCCAAUCUCUCCACGCCGGCUGAAGUCAUGGCCGUAAUGGAAGCUUCUAAGCGAUUCGAACCCGAGGAGAUGGGACAGAUUAAAGACGCCAUGAAGGGCAGGCACAUCUCCAUGGGCAUCAAGCGGCUGCUUGAUCUGAUGACCUGGGUCAGUCCCCUCAAGCCGGAUCGUCGUGCUGCCAAAUUCCUCGAGAAAACGGGCGAAGCAAUGGGGUGGGAAGAACACCGACUUUGAUUCCCCAUCACCCACCGCUUUGAGUACCUCAAUAAUUUUAAGAAUGCAGGCAGAGUUCUGAGUACCCCAUUAAUUAAAAAAAAAUCCAAUUCUUUUUUUUUAGUUUUGUAAACAAUCUUCGAAGGCAAUUCCGUCCUGGCAUUAAAGAACCAGUUUCACAAAAGGACUUUGAAGGUCUAUAUUAUAAUCCAAAUGCAUUUAUUGUACCGGUCUUAGGACCAAAAAGAGCAGCCUAACUAUGUGAUUGGCAUAACCCAUAUUUUAAGAUGUUUUUACUAACAAAGUAUUAUUUUUAUACAAAAGAAAUAAACGAAUGCCCAAUAUUUA